UCCCCUCCCUACCCAGUAGCAGCAGCAGCAGCUCUAUUCUGUGCUGUCCCCCUCACCAGCUCAGGAUAAUUGUCCUUGCUGCCACCAACCAAUUCUGGAAUUUCUUGUAUGUUUUCCAGCCCCACUGCCCACUUGUGCCCUGGCUCUGUGACAACUUGGAUUUAGGAUGUAAAGUUUUCUGCUGGUUGUCUGUGGAGAGUUUUUGCCUUAUAAAACAUUUCAGCAUCCCUCUCAGGCAGUAAGAGCUAUGUGUUUAUGAAUCGUAUACAUCACAAGCACAAGACACAGUAGAACAAUGCCAAAUCCAAAAGGAUAUCGAAUAUCAAAGUUAAUAUUUCUGUUUAUUUUUAUGUUAUCAUUUGAAGGAAAUCACUCACAGGCACAGAGAGCAGGGUGCAAAAAUGUUCACUACGACCUGGUCUUCCUUUUGGAUACAUCUUCAAGUGUAGGCAAGGAAGAUUUUGAGAAAGUGCGCCAGUGGGUUGCAAAUUUGGUAGAUACAUUUGAGAUUGAACCAGAUAAGACUCGUGUUGGAGUUGUACGGUACAGUGGCAAACCAUCCACAGAAUUUGAUCUUGGAAGGUACCAAACUCGAGAUCAAGUCAAAACGGCUGCAAGGAACAUAAAAUACUAUGGUGGUAACACAAACACAGGAGAUGCUCUCAGAUAUAUAACAACUCAUAGUUUUUCAGAAGAGGCUGGUGGGAGACCUAGUGACAGGGUAAUUAAAAAAGUAGCCAUUCUUUUAACUGAUGGAAGAAGCCAAGAUUUAGUGUUGGAGCCAGCCACUUUAGCGCACAGAGCAGGUAUUAGGAUUUUUGCUGUUGGAGUUGGGGAAGCUCUUAAAGAAGAACUGGAUGAGAUUGCCUCCGAUCCAAAAUCAGCUCACGUGUUUCAUGUGUCUGACUACAAUGCCAUAGACAAGAUCAGAGGGAUUUUGAGAAGAAGACUCUGUGAAAAUGUUUUAUGUCCUAACGUUAAAAUCGAGGGUGACCGAUUUGAGCUCAGAAAUGGACACCAAGAUGAAAUUCCAGGUUUUGAUCUCAUGGAAUUGUUCAGCGUCAAAGAAAUGUUUGGAUUGAAGGAUAACGAAAUUCAGAGCUCGUACGUACGUCUGGGAACAUUUCCUAUUGUGCAGCAGACUGAGGAUAUCUUUCCACAAGGGCUUCCUGAUGAAUAUGCUUUUGUAACAACGUUCAGAUUCCGAAAAACAUCCAGGAGGGAAGAUUGGUAUAUUUGGCAAAUUAUUGACAAGUAUGGAAUUCCUCAGGUGUCACUUAGACUGGAUGGAGAGAACAAAGUCCUAGAGUACAGUUCAGUGGGACUCACAAAGGAUGCUGUGAAAACAGUUUUCCGCAGCUCUCAAGUUAGUGAACUCUUCGAUCGCAACUGGCACAAAAUCGCACUCAGUGUGCAGUCAAAGGCUGUUUCACUUUACAUCGACUGCAAACUGGUAUUGACUUUGCCAAUUGAAGAACGAGAAAAUAUUGACAUUCAAGGAAAGACUGUGAUUGGCAAACGCCUUUAUGAUAGUGUCCCUGUUGAUUUUGACCUUCAGCGCAUUGUCAUAUACUGUGAUUCUCGGCAUGCUGAACUGGAGACCUGCUGUGAUAUACCCAAUGGACCCUGUGUGGUUACAGUAGUCACUGAGCCAACUCCCUUUCUGACUACAACAUCUGGAGCUGAACAUAGAGGCACAGAACAGACCAUCAACUGUACAAACUGUCCUUUUGGUGAAAAGGGUGAAAUGGGUCUUCCUGGUCCAGAAGGUCCUAUUGGUCCAAAGGGAGAAACUGGCAUUCCUGGGCCGAUCGGGCCUGUUGGUUCAAAAGGAGAGAAAGGGGAACCUGGAAGACUAAUUCCUGGAAAAACAGAAAAGGGAGAACCUGGGGAUACUGGAAAGCAGGGGGUUCCUGGUAUCAGAGGUGAAAAAGGAGAAAAGGGGUCUUUUGGUCCACCUGGUCCGUUUGGAAGAGAUGGAGCUAAGGGAGAGAGAGGAGAUAAAGGUGGAAAAGGUGAAAUUGGAGUCGCAGGCCCACCUGGACAGCUGGGAUUAGAGGGCCCGAGAGGACCAGAGGGACCUCCAGGCAAAAUCGGAUCACCUGGAUUACAUGGAGAAAGAGGGGAGAAAGGUUCUCGAGGAGAAAAGGGUGAACGAGGUCUAGAUGGAUUUCCUGGAAAACCUGGAUUAGAGGGGCAAGACGGUCCUAAAGGCAGCACAGGACUGCCAGGUCUUCAAGGAUUUAAAGGAGAAAGAGGUGACCAAGGAGAAGCUGGACCUCCAGGAAAACCAGGCAAUGUUGUACAAAUGGAAGGGCUGAAAGGAGAACAAGGGAUUCCUGGUCCACGUGGCCCACAAGGUCCCACUGGACCUCCCGGACUUCCUGGACCAGAAGGCCAGAAAGGAACUAUAGGUCUUCCAGGUCUGGAAGGUCAAAGGGGAUUGAAAGGAGAGGCCGGCCCCCCAGGAGCUGAUGGUCCACUAGGACCAGUGGGCCCACCUGGACUACCUGGAGUUACUGGACUCCCUGGAUCUACUGGUCUUCAAGGAUUGCCAGGGGAAUUAGGCUUUCCAGGUAAACCUGGAAAAAUUGGAUUGCCUGGGCUGCCUGGAAAACACGGAGUGGAUGGCGUUCCUGGUGCAGCAGGACCAAAGGGUGAACCAGGAGAACGAGGCUUGGACGGACUACUUGGCAAUACUGGUCCAAAGGGAGAUAUGGGUGAUCGUGGAUUGUCUGGAAGGCCAGGAGAAAAGGGUGAAGCAGGUCCACCUGGAUUGGCUGGAAAUGAAGGACAAAAAGGAGACAAAGGUAAUCAGGGAGAAAAGGGAAAUACCGGAUCUUCUGGGUUAAAGGGAGAAAAAGGAGAUGAGGGAAGAAUCGGCCCACCCGGCCCAUCUGGAGCACCAGGAUCUGUAGAAACUGUGGUUGCUGAACCUGGACUUCCUGGGAUCCCAGGUGAGAAGGGUGAACAAGGAGAGAAAGGAGAAGCUGGAGAACGAGGACCACAAGGAGUUGAAGGAAACAAAGGACCUAUAGGAGCUAUUGGACCUCAGGGAGAAAAAGGCGCAGAGGGAGUUAGAGGAGAACCUGGAAUUAAAGGAGACAUUGGUCCUCCAGGUCCAGUAGGUCCACAGGGAAUCCGUGGCUUGCCAGGAAAUGUGGGCAUUACUGGGGAUCCUGGCUUUCCAGGCAACAAUGGACAAAAAGGUGAAAAGGGUGAGCCAGGCAAAGAAGGAAAAACAGGGCUUCCUGGACCUCCGGGUGAAGCAGGACUUGCAGGACUGCCAGGAUUACCAGGAAAGGGCAAAGAUGGAGAACCGGGAGAAAGGGGCGCCACAGGACCUCAUGGACAGUCUGGGUUAAAGGGGGAUAGAGGCGCUCCUGGACUACCGGGUCAACCUGGAAGCAGGGGUCCACCAGGCAUAGGAAUUGACGGGUCACCAGGAUCCACAGGACCUCCUGGAGAGAAAGGUUCUCAGGGAAUUAGGGGUAUCGGGGGACCACCAGGUCCUCAGGGACCGCCAGGACAAGAUGGUUUUGCUGGAACCCCAGGGGAACGAGGACCACCAGGAGAACCAGGGCCAGCAUCAGUUAUUUCUCCAGGAGACAUAAAUCUCCUUAUUAAGGAUGUUUGCAGAGAUUGCCCACCUGGUCCCCCUGGGCUGCCCGGAAUGCCGGGUUUCAAAGGAGAUAAAGGUCUUCGUGGUUCUGCAGGCAGAGAUGGCAUUGAUGGGAAAAAGGGGGAAGCAGGUGCCAUAGGCCCUCCCGGUCCUACAGGUCUGGAUGGAAUUAAGGGGGGAAAAGGGGAUCGAGGUGCAUUUGGAGAACCUGGACAAAAAGGGGAACAGGGUGUUCCAGGGAUACCUGGUUUUGUUGGAUCUCCUGGUAGCCAAGGGUCACCUGGAGCAGAUGGGUUGCCCGGAUUAAUGGGUCCACAAGGACCACUGGGAGAAACUGGAAAGGAAGGACCACCAGGUCCUAAGGGCCCACCAGGUUUACCAGGGAUUCCAGGCAUUGCUGGGAAGGAUGGGAAGGAUGGGAAGCCAGGCACUCCUGGGGAAGAAGGCAAACCAGGAGAACUUGGACCUCCAGGCAGAGAAGGCCUUCGAGGGCUGCCUGGUUUCAAGGGACAUAGAGGAGACACAGGCUUGCCUGGUUCCAGGGGAGAACCGGGAGUAACAGGUCCACCAGGGCGUGUUGGGCCUCCUGGAAAGGAUGGUGAUAUUGGACCUCCCGGACAUCAGGGACCCAGAGGAAUUCGUGGACCAUCUGGUAAAAAUGGACAGCUUGGCCCACCAGGCAACAACGGUGCCCCAGGGAGUAUUGGCCCAAAAGGUAACAAAGGAGAUACUGGUACCGCCGGAGUCCCUGGAUUUCAAGGACCUCAGGGACCGAGAGGAGAACCUGGUGAGAGUGGACCCUCUGGAAACGAUGGUGUACAAGGAAAACCCGGAAACAGUGGAUCAAAAGGAGAAAGGGGAGAUCCUGGUAACAAAGGGGAUAAAGGGCAACAAGGAGAAAAAGGUCAGGCCGGUGAACCUGGUAAACCUGGACAUAAAGGUCACACAGGAUUGAUGGGCCCUGCAGGACCACCUGGAGAGAGAGGAACUUCUGGAGUUCCAGGUUCUCCUGGACAGCCUGGACUAACUGGCCCAAGGGGAGAUGCUCCAUCACUUGACACUUUACGGAGACUUAUUCAAGAAGAGCUGGGAAAGCAACUUGAAGCAAAAGUAGCCUUCCUCAUGUCUCAAAUGCAGCCUGCACAAAUUAAGUCCUCACAAGGUCGACCAGGGCCCCCAGGCACCCCUGGGAAAGAUGGACACGAUGGAAGACCAGGACCACCAGGAGAGCCAGGAAUACCUGGGCAGAUGGGAUCUGAAGGACCAGCAGGGCCAGUGGGUCCAAAAGGAGACAGGGGAAAUAAAGGGGACAGAGGGGAAUCAGGUGUUGGACAGAGAGGGGAUGUUGGACCUCCUGGUGCUCCAGGUCAACAAGGUGAGCCAGGAUAUGCAAAGGAUGGAGUUCCAGGCAUACCAGGAUCUCAAGGAGAACCAGGCUUACCUGGACCAAUGGGAGUUCAAGGACCUCCAGGUCCCACUGGACAAUGUGAUCCAUCCCAGUGUGCAUACUAUGCAAGUCUUGCUUCAAGGCCCGGUAAUAUCAAAGGACCCUAAUUGGGAUGGAGCAACUUUUAUGUCUACAUGGACUCACUUCAGAGACUUGAAUCUAGUGCUGGUUUAAGGAACCUUCAAUAAGGAAAAGUCUAACAAGAUUAAAUGGGUCCAUUGGACCUGUCAACGCUAAGAGAAUGCAAUUUGCAUAAAGGGAUUCAAUUUGAUUUUGUUUUGUUUUUAAAAAACAAAUAACAGUAAUUGCUGCCGGUCGGUCAAGGCUUUUAUUUUCUUCUAUUAUGUGAAUUGUUUUAUUCUUAAAUCAGGGAAAUACAAACAUUUUGUUUUAAGGAAGGACAUGUGCUUUGAAAGUGAAAUGUUCUAUAGCAACGUUCUGAAUAAGAAACAAGCAACGGCCUCAACUUGAAUGUUCUUAUGAGCUUUCCAAGGUGCUGAAAAUAGACUUUCUAAUUAUUUCAUUGAUACUGAUUGUGUUUUGUUGAGUGGUAAUAGCUUCAGAUAUUUAAUUAACAUUUGCCCUUUAAUGGUAUCACCCAGAAAAAAAAUAACAUUUAAUAUUAUUUCUUAUAAAAUGUGAUACUGGCAAUACUGUAAAGUUAUAGAUUUAUGUAAAAAAUGCCCUUUUAUGUUUUAUUGCAUACAACGUGUUGCUCCAGAGCAGAACACAGCCAGAGGUAGGUUAUGUGACUGCCAUUCCAGAUGACUGAGUUCUGCUUAGGAUUUCCAAGGCUUGCAACUGCUAAUCAAGACUUAUAUGUAUGUGUUUAACCCUUUAAUGGGAGUUCAACAUAUACUUAGGGUCAAUAUCAAAAUGACAUUAUCUACUGAAAAAGAGCAUGUCAUUUUUUCAUUAGAUUGUACCCUUAAAUAGACAUUAUAUUGUAAAAUGUUGUUUCCACAACGUGUGUUUCCAAAGAGAAUUACAUGAAAUUAAAUUGCUUCUUUAGUUUUAUCUUUGUAUUUUGACAUAGCUGUUUUUGAUACUUUUUCAUGCCUAUUAAAAUGCUAUUUCAAUUGCAUGAAUAAAACUAAAGGAACAAUUUCUAACGCAUGUAAUAGCUUGCAGCUUAUUUAUCAAGUCAUGGGGGAAUAUGUUAAGUGGAUCAUUUUAACAAGAAAUUUCUUAUCUGAUGAUUAUAUUCCACAACAUUUAUUAAUAAUAUAUGUAGUAGAAUUAUUUUAAGCAUUUGUACUCUCAUUGACGAUUAUUAUAUAUAUACUAUACAUUGGUGUCCUUCUCUAUUCCCAGUGGGUCACAAUCCUGCCAGGACUUUAGCAUUUCCAUAAGAAAGUAUAAGUGAGUAAUAUAGGGUUAAGUAAAUUUAAUUAUUUAAACCGAGGCUGGUCUGUAGCCCUAAUGGAAUAAAGUCGGACACCCUUCUUCUAUAAUUUAACAGUGUUUAAUAUUACUGGAUCUCUGUUAUUCUACAUUAUAUCAUAACCUUUUGUUUUAUUGCACAAGAUAAGGCCGGCAUCAACUGCCAUGUUUAAUCCCAUUUGCUGCCAGAGAGAGAUGCAAGCAAUGAGUUGCCCCCUCGUUGGCAGCCAAAUGUUUAAGGUAGAAUAAUAACCUAAGUUUGUUUUUAUUAUUUUAAAAGUUUGGUCCAAGUGUUUUGUCAGAAAAUGUUUUUUUUGCAUGCUAUAAUUUAUUUGUUAAGGUCUUGUGAACUGCAGAGUUAUCACUGAUAUUUGUGUACAUGUGUGACGUAACAAACGUGGAUUAUACAAACCAAAUACCCAAUAAUGCUAACAUACCGAUUUGGCAGAUUCAGCGGUACAGUUUUUCAGCUAUACAAAGUUACAAUUUGAAAUCAUGAGGAAUUAAAUGGAUUCAAAUAGCAAGGCAUUGAAAUGGUUAAUUUUAGCACCUACUUCUUGAUUCUUAUAUAAAUAAGGAUCCAUAUAAAUGCAGAUUUAUGUGAUUUAAGGUUUUACUCCUACUAUAAAUUUUAUGUUCAGUUUGUCAAUACUAAGGAGUAUGUUUUUGAUAUCAGUGAGUAUUUAAUCCCAUAGAAGCAAGAGGCAGGAGGUGGAAGAUAUUUGUCAAACAGUAACAAACUCUGGAGGUUUUUUACAUGGGAUUCUAUUUUUAUUGGAUUAAAGGGACAGUAAAGUCUAAAUUAAACUUUAAUGAUUCAGAUAGGGCAUGCAAUUUUUAAAAAAAUGUUCCAAUUUACUUUUAUCAUCAAAUUUGCUUUGUUCUCCUGGUAUUCUUAGUUUAAAGAUAAACCUAGGUAAGUUAAUUUGCUAAUUUCUAAGCCCUUGAAGGUAACCUCUUAUCUAAAUGCAUUUGACAGUUUUUCACAGCUAGAGGGCGUUAGUUCACAUGUGCCAUGCAUCUAAUAUUGUGCUCACGCCUGUGGAGUUAUUUAAGAGUCAACACUGAUUCACUAAAAUGCAAGUCUGUCAAAAGAUCUGAGAUAAGGUGGCCGUCUGCAGAAACUUAGAUACAAGGCAAUCGCAGAGGUAAAAAGUAUAUUAAUAUAACAGUUUUGGUUAUGCAAAACUAGGGAACAUUAAAUAAAGUAAUUAUCAUUUUAAACAAUAACAUUUUUGGUGUUUACUAUCCCUUUAAAGUUCAGUCCAUUAGAAAAACUGUGCAAAGUGUCUUGCAUGACAAUUCUAGGUACAUUUAAGGCCAUUCCAGUCCAUUUGAACCACAUAAGAAUAAAUGUGGUUAUUGACUUUGAAUCACUUUAAUAUUAAUAAUAAUUUGCUAAUAAUCUCUCAGAAACCACAUUUCGAUCAGCUUUUCAUAUUAUUUUAGGACUUCUCUAUUUCAAAGGUCUUCACCUCUUGAAAACACACUUUCACCUCUAGAGAAACAUAUAUCUUGGCGACUCAAUAUUAAAGUUUUGAACAUACUUAGAUUACAUAUUUAUAAAGUUACAAAUAUCAUUUAAUCUGUAUAACUUGUACUUAUCUGUAAUAAAGUCAUAAGAAUAUUCAUUUGCAGUUGCAUAUAAAUGUUUGCACAUUGAAAAUUGUUAAAUUAAAAUACAUUUACUGAAAA